UUUGCAGGAAAUUAGUCUUUAUAUACACGUUAUAGGGUCAGUUAAUUUAUCCGCGCGGUCCCUGUGGUAAACAAACCUUGGAGGAAGGGACGUGUGCUGCUCCCCGCCUCUCCCUCACACCUGGCCGCUAUGAGAUAACUGUGCAGCCACCAUGCCCCUGCGGAAGCUGUUUUGGGGCCGCAGCUCCAAGUCAUUUCCAGUGAAAAUUGUAACACUGGAUGCUGAGCUGGAGUUCAGCUUGCCAUGGCGUGCAUCAGGCCGGGAGCUGUUUGAGCUGGUGAGCCGCACCAUUGGCCUACGCGAGACCUGGUACUUUGGCCUUCAGUAUGAGGACUCCAAGAACAACUUCGCCUGGCUCAAGAUGGAGAAGAAGGUUCAGGAUCAGGACAUUCCAAGGCGAUCUCCAGUGCCAUUCGUCUUCCUGGCUAAAUUUUAUCCCGAGGACGUGAGCGAGGAGCUGGUGCAGGAGGUGACCCAGCACCUCUUCUUCCUGCAGGUCAAACAGUCCAUCCUCAGCAUGGACAUUUACUGCCCACCAGAGAUGUCAGUCCUCCUCGCCUCAUAUGCCGUGCAGGCCAAAUUUGGUGACUAUGACCCAGCCACGUACCAAAGUGGGGCACUAGCCAUGGAGGAGCUGCUGCCCCAGAGAGUCAUCAACCAAUACCAGAUGACGCCAGAGAUGUGGGAGGAGCGCAUCAGGAUAUGGUACGCCGACCACCAGGGCAUGACAAGGGACGAGGCAGAGAUGGAGUACCUGAAGAUAGCACAAGAUCUCGGCAUGUAUGGCGUCAACUACUUCAACAUCACCAACAAGAAGCAAACUGAGCUGUGGCUAGGAGUAACCGCACUGGGUCUCAACGUCUACGAGAGCGAAAACAAACUGGAGCCCAAGAUCAGCUUCCCGUGGUCUGAAAUCCGUAACAUCAGCGUAGACGACCGCAAGUUUACCAUACGACCGACCGACAAGACCGCGCCCAACUUUGUCUUUUUCUCCAAGAACUCGCGCAUGAACAAGCUCAUUCUGGACCUGAGCAUCGGCAACCACGACCUGUUUAAGCGCCGGCGUAAACCCGACACGAUAGAGGUCCAGCAGAUGAAGGCGGCAGCACGAGAGGAGAAGAGACGGAGACAGAUCGAAAAGGACAAGCUGGCCCGAGAGAAGCAUCUGAGGGAGGAGGUGGAGCGUCAGAAGGCAGAGUUGGAGCAGCGCCUUUUUCAGUACCAAGAGGAGAUGAGGGCUGCUAAUGAUGCUCUCAGGAGAUCAGAGGAGACUGCCGAGCUCCUGGUUGAAAAGUCGCGUAUUGCUGAGGAGGAGAGCAUUUUGUUGACCCAAAAGGCUUCAGAGGCUGAGCAAGAAUGCCAGCGUGCUCACUUGAUCUCUGCCAAGACGCAAGAAGAGAAAAUGAUGAUGGAACAUAAGGUGAGAGAGGCGGAGAUGCUAGUCUCAACACUGGUGGAGGAAGGGGAGCGGCGAGCGACAGAGUCCGAUAGGCUACAACAAGAGCUGAUCCGUGCACGCAUCGCCGAGAAACAAGCCAAAGAGAAACUGGGCUCCUUCAUACAGAGCUUCAAUGCCUCCAUCAGCCACUCUGCCGCCAACUCCACCGCACUGAAUGCCUCCUCCUCCCUCCUCAAUGCCACCUCCUCCCUGCUUCACUCUUCCACACCUCACCUGGCAGCCUCCACUUCAAUGUCCCAUGGUCUGGCCAGCAACAGUCACCACAUGACCAUUGGCUCAACCGGAGACCUGCCUGACCUCACCCUCGGAGGAAGCACAGAUGCCUUGGGACCCUCGUACUCUCGGCCCCAUGACCUCACUUCCCUCGACCUACUCAAUGACACCGACGUCGAUCAGCUCAGCCUAGAGAUUGAGAAGGAGCGUGGGGAGUACCUGGAGCGCUCCCGCCACCUCCAGCAGCAGCUACAGCAUCUUAAAUCAGAAAUUGAGGUGUUGAAGGUGGAGGAGAACCAGACUGUGCUUGAUGCCGUGUACCAUGAGCAGCUGCGUUCAGGGGAAACAAAAUACUCAACCUUGCGUCGCACUCGCUCCGGCACCACCAAGACUCGCGUUGCCUUCUUCGAGGAGCUCUAGUCUGUUUCAGCUCCUCCCUGCCACGGGCCUCCAUCCUCUACUUUUAGCCUGCCGGUGUGCCUCGUCAUCUUUCAUACAGAAAUAACACUGGCAUAUUUUUAUCUUCAUCUUGCCUCUCAUUUCCGUGUAUGACGUAGCUUGAGUAGUGACAGUUCACUCUGCCUGCCUCAGCUUCAUUCAUCAUUGUUCAUCCUUUUUUUUAUUCCAUAAUAUUGAAUCUAGUAUGACAUUGAGGAUUCAUUUCCUUGCACACAUUGCAUAUAUCUAUUUUUUAGAUUGAGUUGAAUGCUUUCGUACUUUCUCUAGUUUAAAACCACUUGAUCAGAGUUGGUUAUCAGUAUUUACUGCUUCAGGCACAUUUAUCCUUACUUUAUUCUUAUGCCUUAUUUGACUCUGCAUAUACCAUUUGCACAAGUCUUAGGAUUAAGAGUCUCAAUGUUGUAGCGUGCCUAGCUAUGAAGCUGUGGGCCUGGGUUGGAUUCCAGCUUGGGCAGUUAAUGUGCAGCCCACCCAGCUGUUCAUCCUCUCUUUUAGGCUGGUCAAUAAAUGGACAUCUGAGGAAAGUUGGAGAAGGUAAAUUGUUGUAGCCCAGAUGUCACACUUGCCCUUGUCCCGGGUCAGUGGAUUAUUAUCCUCCACCGGCUCAAGGGCAGAAGUGACCAAGAUGAGUGCCAACGCAACACACAGCUAUAGCAUGUGCCCCCAACUUUACCUUAAGGGUUCUUACUUUAACAUUUAGUGCUAAUAAACAAAAUAAGAAAAUGCAGUUGGCCAAACAGGGCAUACGUACAAGUAAUCCCCAAAUUAUGACCACACGACUAACAUACAUUUACACUCAUGAUGAUGCUUUCCAUAUUAAAUAGAUAAAACUAAUAGAUGCAAAUGUUGAAGUAUGAUUAGUUGGUUGUAUGGUGUACUACAUUUCUGUCCAGUACACACAGGAGCCCAGUUACUUCCAGUACGAAUUACUGAUGAAUAUUGUGAACAUGCCAUUAGAAGAAAAUAAUGCCACAUCCAGACCACUCACACACAAGGUCCACUGGUUGGGUGUGCAUGCCAAUGUGGCCGUGCCAAAGUCUUCUUGUCUCUCAGCCCUCCCUUUACACUAGUCUGCCCUCCUUAAUGGCUGAGCUAAAUAGUAAGAUGCUGGAUGAGCACCGUUCCCUCCUCAAUAGACACUUGUUAAACAGUUUACCGUGUGUCCCACAAGCAAUAACAAUCACUGUCAAGCUCAACUUUGCACUGGAAAACCAGUAUAAUUCUACUUGGCUCAUUCCUUCCAUUUAGUUUGUUGACACUAAAUAUUUAAGUAAAGCCCACCCAUCAGUAAGCCCAUCGUUAGGCACUGUACUUUUCAUUAUAGAAAACGAAUGUAAUGAUUUGUUAAUAGUAUCUUAAGAAUGUCUUCUCAUUUAAGAUCUGAUUUUUGUAUGUCACUAGUGGCAGUCCUCCUCUGUUCCUCUUGUCUCUCCUCUGUUCAUGGCAAUUGUUAUGUUCAGCUUCACACUAUUGGAAAAGUCACUUGUAAGCAGCUGUGAUCUCAUCCACAUGUUAAGUGUUUAAGUGUUGUAUUGGUACAUGAUGUUUGCACUCAAUUGUCCUUCAUGUGUAUUUCAAAGCAUUUCCAUUCUCUCCUCUGUCACUUAUUUAUCUUUCUCUCCUUUCAUUUUAUCAUGCCAACAUGAUUCACCUUGUUGUAAUCUAUAAUGUUCUGCUUACUUCUGCCAAAUAACUGGUGCUUCCCUCAGCCUCACACAAACUGCCUUAUGCCUUAGGUCCUUAAGCUAUAUUUUUGCUAUCAUCCUAUGUCUCCAGGACCGGCUUCUCUCUAAAAAUAAGGGCACCCUUAUGAAGUGCGUUUUGUGAUGUGCAUGAUGAUACCUUCAUAGGUAUUUUACAAUGGAUAGUGUUCACCUACAUGGAGUACUGUGUUACAUGUGACCUGUUAAGUGCCAGGUGUACUGAGGUGUGUGUGUGUGUGUGUGUGUGUGUGUGUGUGUGUGUGUGUGUAUCUACAUCGUAGUUGUAGAUAACAGGAAUUGAGCUUGGGCUUGAAUUAUUCUGUCCUAUUGUGUUUCUUUAUGCAGCUCACCUUGCAGGAGGCUCUUGUCCUGCCAUUCCUGCCAGGAAUCAAGGUCACAGUUCCUCAACUUACUUAUAUAUUUAUUGCCUGCCUGUUGGACAGGGCUACAAAAUGUAAGUAGAUCAUAUUGUCUCCACCUGGCCUGGGACCCAAACCUGGCACCGUUUGGCUGUGAGCCAGCGCUGUGCUGCCAACACCACCAGACGGGGACGUGGGAAAAGAUUAAGAUUUUCUCCUCUGAGGUAGAGAUUAAUGGAGGGAUUCCUCCCAGGUCAGGGAAAUCAGACCUUUCUUUGAUGCCCUUUACACAAAAACUCUCUCAUGUCAAGUGCCUUUAAAACCUAUAAAUUUAGAUUUCUCAUAUAUUAUUAAUUUUGUAAAUUAUGUACAUUUGAGGAAAUGAGGUGGAAAACACAUACCAAAGGAAAAAUACAGUAAAAUUCUUAUUAUUCAA